AUGUUUCGGCUCAUCCUAUGCCUGACGGCCGUGGUGACUCUGGCACUGGCCUACAAAAACCCUCACUAUGCAUCGGGCCGCUCGACUAUGGUUCAUCUGUUUGAAUGGAAGUGGGAUGACAUCGCGAGUGAGUGCGAGAGGUUCUUAGGACCCAGAGGAUAUGGUGGUAUUCAGAUCUCUCCUCCAAAUGAGAACCUGGCUAUCUGGUCUCGCCAACGCCCUUGGUGGGAACGUUACCAGCCCAUCUCCUACCGCCUGGUCACCCGCUCCGGUAAUGAACAGCAGUUCGCUAACAUGGUGCGAAGAUGUAACGACGCUGGUGUCAGAAUCUACGUCGAUGCCAUCAUCAACCACAUGACGGGCACAUGGAAUGAGAACACUGGUACCGGUGGUAGCACCGCUGACUUCGGUAACUGGCACUACCCUGGCGUGCCUUACGGCAGGAACGACUUCAACUGGCCCCACUGUGUCAUUCAAGGCCAUGACUACGGCUGCUGCGCUGAUAGGGUACGUAACUGCGAGCUGUCUGGUCUGAAGGACUUGAACCAGGGUACUGAAUACGUCCGUCAAAUGAUUGUGAACUACAUGAACCAUCUCAUCAGCUUGGGUGUUGCUGGAUUCAGAAUUGACGCUGCCAAACACAUGUGGCCCGGCGAUUUGCGUGUCAUCUACGACAGGCUACACAACCUCAACACUGCCCACGGUUUCCCCUCUGGCGCUCGCCCAUACAUCUACCAGGAAGUCAUUGAUCUUGGUGGUGAAGUUAUCUCCCGCGAUGAGUACACUUCUCUUGCAGCAGUCACAGAGUUCAAAUUCGGUAUGGAACUCAGCCGAGCCUUCAACCGUGGAAACCAACUCAGAUGGCUGGUCAACUGGGGACCUGCAUGGGGUCUUCUUGCUUCUGGCGACUCUCUUACCUUCAUUGACAACCACGACAACCAAAGAGGUCACGGUGCCGGUGGAAACAUCCUUACCUACAAGCAAGCUAAACAGUACAAGGGUGCUAUUGCCUUCAUGUUGGCCCAUCCUUACGGCUGGCCACAGCUGAUGAGCUCCUUCGACUUCCACGACACUGAGGCUGGACCCCCAAUGGACAGCAGCGGCAACAUCAUCUCUCCCUCUAUCAACUCUGACCAAAGCUGCGGUAACGGAUGGAUCUGUGAGCACCGUUGGCGCCAGAUUUACAGCAUGGUUGCCUUCAGAAACCAAGCUGGCAACAGCGCUAUGUCCAACUGGUGGGACAACGGUAGCAACCAGAUUGCUUUCUGCAGAGGAAACGCUGGUUUCGUUGCUUUCAACAAUGACUACUGGGACUUGAACCAGACCCUCCAGACUUGCCUGCCUGCUGGUACUUACUGUGACGUCAUCUCUGGUGAGAAGAGCGGCAACAACUGCACUGGCAAGCGUGUCACUGUUGGCAACGACGGUCGCGCUCACAUCUCUCUUGGAGCCAACGAGUUUGACAUGGUGUUGGCCAUCCACACUGGAUCAGAGGUGAGUUGA